AUGCCUAAAGUCCUUAUCAUCGGCGCCACUGGCUACCUCGGCAGCAGAAUCUGCAACGUUCUCGUCAACAGCGGUCAGCAUAGAGUCUACGGCAUCGCGCGCAAUGAAGCCAAAGCCAAGUCUCUAGCCGUCGCCGAAGCCACCCCCGUCAUCUGCCCCGACCCCAUCAAUAAGCCGGCCUCCUAUCUUGAUGCCAUCCGCGACUUCAACAUUGACAUUGUCAUUGACGUUUCGGGCGCAAAUCAGGAGUCUGCAAAGUUUCUUGCUGAUGUGAAGUCCACUGGUCAGGAGCGUUUGAAUAGGGCAAAAUUUGCAGGUCUCACACAUAUUCCUAAGCUUGGGUUUAUUUACUGUUCGGGAACUUGGGUUCACGGAUCGAGUGACAAGCUGGUGAAUGACCUUGAUAUUGUGGGACCGAAUGCCGCGACACCACCUGCACCUCUUGUCGCAUGGCGUGUCGCUCAUGAGAACGCCGUUCUUGCUGCUUCUGACGUUCUUGACGUGGCGGUUCUACGUCCGGCGCUCAUCUACGGCGGUGAAAGUACCAUCUGGACACCAUUUGCCCUCCCGCUUCUCCAGGCUUCCCGGAACGGAUCUUCAGACACUGUUCAAAUCCCAUUGAGUACUGACUCUCGACCCGGACUUGUGCACGUUAGCGAUGUUGCCACUGGGUUCCAGAAAGCUGUAGAGAAGCUUUCCCUUAUCAACGGCACUUCGGUCUAUCCUGUCUUUGACCUCGUUACAAGUCAAGAGAGCAUGACCGAAAUCUUCGCAGCCCUGGCUUCACAAUGGGAUUUCAAGGGUCGAUGUGAGUUGGUGGGCCCUGGGGAUCAUUUAUUUGCGGAAGCCAUGGGGACUAGUCUACGAGGGUCUUCUGAUCGUGCCAAGCAUUUGCUAGACUGGACACCAACGAAAUUGAAUGGCUUUGUUACUGAUAUGGAUAUGUAUGCUGAUGCAUUUGCUUCUCAACAUUAG